CUCUGGGCGGGCGGACCUGGCGGCGUCUUCUCCGACCCUGUCCUGCCCCAUCCGUCCUGCCCCGUUCAGCUCUGUCUCGUCCCGUCCCGGAUGGCCGCGGUCUCUCGGGCACCCGCGGGCCGAGGUCAGGGCCACAGCCAUGUACCCCGCAGGACCGGCCCCCGUGGUGACCUCACGGUGAUGGACACAGAGCCGGAAAACGUUGGAAGAACUCCAUCCCAUCGCGGCAGGUUCCUGAAGGUGUGUGAUGGAAACGCUCGUGGGAGCCUGCGGGGCCGGAUGCCGGGAAGCACCGUGUGGGCAGGGAGCAGCCAUGGAGCCCAGAGCACUUUGGGCAGGGCCUCCCACACGCGGUUGAGCUCAGUCCUGAAUAAAGUGGCACAACUAGAAAGCAAAAUCAUGUGUCAAAAAAAGCACCUGGAAUUGCAGAACACUGACUCUGGCCUGAGGCCUUUGGCUGAGGAGUGCACCACAUCUGCCUCUGGGCAUGAAGGUGGUGCCAGGGGCAAGAAGUACUGGAAGAAUUAUGGUACCACCAGUGGGAAUGGGACCCGCGGGGAUGCCUGUUAUGAGGAAGAAAGCAUCCAAAGCCCUAGAAGGAAUGCUACCAUUAAACAACAGCUUGAUCUGGAUAGCGAUGAAGAGGAAAUGAGAGAAUUGAUGGAGAGCUCUCUGGAGUUUUCAAGUGGAAAAGGGAAUCAGAAGGUUCUGAGCAAAAUUCCAGUUCCAUCAGGAAGGGCUCCUCCACCUCAUAAGGAAGCUUCACCAGCAGAGUUAUGUAAAGCAUCUUCUUUUCACAACAAAGACUCAGAGAAAAGUGUGUUUGGUAGAGUUAAUUCACCAGCAUCUUCACCUGCCAGCAGAAAUCUGUCAGGACAUACCAUGAGAUCUCAAUUGCUAUCAUCUUCCAUGAAAGACAACACUGUAGAGAUUGGUCUGCCUAAAGCAGGCUACACCAAGCAAAUCCAAGAAUCCCUUGAGAGUGACAGAAGUGAAAUAAAGUCAUUAGAUGAAUUAUUUUCUGAAGGGACUGAUGCAGAAAAUUCAACCAGCAGCAGCUUGAAAUGCUUCAGACUGAACGUCAUGAGCCUUGAUGAUUUGGCACCAGAUACUACCAGUAAGGCAGCAGAAUUAAAGCAUAAAGGAAAAGACAUCCAGUUUACUCAAGAAUCAAACAAAUAUGUGAAAAAAGAUACAUUACUGGUGGAAGAGGACCAGACUGCAGUAACUAGUGUGAGUAAUUCUUCUGAAGAGGAUGUUGAAAAAUGUGUCUCUGAAGCUGAAAUCUCUGAAUAUUUAAGUGGAGUUUCCUCAGAUUUCCCGCCACACAAACAGGAUUAUCUUGAUCAGAAUGAGAGAACUGUUAAUUCAGAAUAUUCUGAAGACUUUGAAAGCUCUCAGUCUACAGCAGACAGGGAAUGUGUAGAGAGACAUGCUGAGAGCUGCUCUGGAGGACACCUGUGUUCAGGCUCAUCCCUGUUGGUCACCCGAGAGGAGCACAGCCCAGGGCACCAAGUGACCGUCACAGAAACCGCGGUUCAGACAGCAGAGCCUCCGUUCACCUACUGCUGGGCAAAGGCAAACCCCUCUGCAGUGCUCGCCCCACCUGUUGGAACUAGCUACUCUGAUCCAGUGCCGAUUGCCAGUCACGUCAUCAGCAUGGAUGCAGUGGAAGCCCUGACUGCGUACAGCCCCUCGGUUCUCGUUUUACAUGCCAUGUGCAAGCAGCACGUGAUGCUGACCCAGCAGUUCGUCCAGAAUGUUCACCGCCUUCACACAUCCCUCGUGGAGUCAUUAGAGCAUGAGAAGUUCCACUACCAUACCCUGGAAGAGGCUAAAGAGGUAUUUAUGACAAACCAGAGAUUCAGAGUAUAUUCCUUUCCAAAUGCUUGCAGUAUUUGCAGCAAACCCAGUUUCUUUGCCUAUGAUUAAUUAAUGAGUUUAAAAGGAAAAAAAAAAGACUGAAGUCCUGCUGGAGGCCAUAGUUUUUAAAGAUUAAGGUUUCUGCUGUAGCAUUUAGCUGUCCUCAAAUGAGCAGGGAUCAUUCAGAUGCUUCAACAGAAGGGUCACUUUCUGUUGCUAGUACAGAAAUGUGCAGGUAUCAUGACAUGAAGAUUAGUUGUGUUCUACUAUUUAAUAAAUAAUGAUCUAUAUAUACAGACACUAGUUUUUGGGUUUUUUUGUUUGUUUGUUUUGUUUUUUUCAGUACAUCAAGAAUCACAAAUCCCCACCUCUAACAAUUGAGCAAGCACUUGAAGAAAUUCGGAAAGCCCAGGAGAAAUAACUGCUUGGACAGUUACUGAGCUUUAAGUGACACUUAUAUUUACAGCUCUAAGGCUGAAACAAGAAACUUUUCCAAGUUGCACAGAUAAGGUUUUCAACCAUUUUGGAAGGAUUCGUACAAACUGCAAUGUUAUUAUAAAUUAGUUAGUAUAAGUUGCUAAUUAUAUAUAAUUUACUUUUCUAUACCUGAAUGUUUUACUCAUGUACACAGUACAGGGAUACACAGGAACCUUCAGCCAGACUAUGUCAGUGAAAGAGAUGUCAAGGUAACAUUUCUGUGUAAAGUAGUCAUGGUGUACAUAUUUGUGCAGUGAAUUGUGACAUCUGUGAUCCCAUCUAUGAUGGUGGUAGAAGUGAAAGUCUGUACUACAGCCCCUGAGAAAUAUGACCACAGCAGGAAAUUACCAUAUCCUGGCUUCAGUGCUAU